AUGUCUGAAGGCAUGUCCAAGAAAAGGGGCAGAAAGCGUAGUAGUGGGGAACUGAGUGACACAAUAGAUCCUAACAGCAUUCUGGGACUCCGUAUUGAGCAUAACUGGCGUGAGAAGGGAAACCAGAGCAAAUGGAAAGGAACAGUACUUGACAGACUGAGUGUGAACCCAGCUCUGUACAUGGUUAAGUAUGACGGCUUUGACUGUGUCUAUGGGAUAGAGCUGUUCAGAGAUGACCGUGUGUCCAAUCUUCAAGUCUUAUCUGAGAAAGUUGUAAAUAAUAAACUCAAGAUCCCUCCUGGAGCUGAAGAGCUGGUGGGAAAGGCUGUGGAGCAUCUUUUUGAGAAGGAAGAUGGGGAAAAGAAUGAAUGGAGAGGAAUGGUCCUCUCCAGAGCUCCAAUAAUGACGCACUGGUAUUAUAUAACAUAUGAAAAGGACCCAGUUCUUUAUAUGUACCAGUUGUGGGAUGACUAUGCUGAUGGAGACCUUAGGAUACUGCCUGAAGCAGAAAACAAGCACUUAUUGCCCCCAGACAGAAAGCCAGGAGAGGAAACAGAGAGCCUGGUUGGGAAACAAGUGGAGUAUGUGACCGAUAAGGGCUUGAAGAGAACUGGCCUGGUCAUCUAUCAGGUCCCAGCGAAACCCUCUGUGUACUAUAUCAAAUAUGAUGAUGACUUCCAUAUUCAUGUGUAUGACUUGGUUAAGACCACCUAG